AGCCAGCAAGGGCGGCCCCGCUGCAGCAUCGUGCGUCUUCGCUGGGGCAGCCAGCGCCAGCCCGUUGCUCCCAGGCUUUGCGGUUAAAGUCCAAUCCUGCUUAAGAUACUCGCGCAGGGGCAGGGAGAGGCUUAGGCUGCGAGAGCCCCAGCACUCGCCCUGCCUUCGGUGCUGGCUCCCCCGCUUCCCGGGAUUAGGUGCAUUGCUGUGAGCCUUCCCGCCGAGCCCUCCUCCGGCAGAUUUGUCCUGGCUUGCCUGGGCUGUGUUUUCCUCAAGCUGAAGGGACGUAGGCGGCUAGAGGCAGAAAGACUUAGUGGAGGUGGAAGCUCGCACCCAGGAAGCGCCCAUGAAAGACAGACUGGUGCAACCGGUGCCGCUUCCCUCCUCGCGCAGCGCCGGCUCAGCUCCCCUUCCCUGGCACCCACCAGCGCUGGAGCGGCGCUGGGAGCGAGCGUGGGCAUGCGGCCAGUCAUGCAGAGCUGCUGAGGCAGCGGGACAGCGCACCAAAAUCCCCAGGCCGGAGCUGGGAAGGAGCUGUGAGGAAGCAACACACAGAGACAGGGAAGGCCGGCGGAGCUAACUUCAGCAUGGGAUAUCAGCGACGGUGCAAAUCUGAUGUGUGCUGCUGCAGGAGGCGUUCGUUUAACACCCUGGCAAAGCUGGAGCAGGUGCUGGGGCGCAGCUUUGCCCACAAGCGAUGGGGCAGGAGUGGAGAUUUUGAAGCCUCUUCCGGGAGUCCCCAGAGCCAUGACUGCAACUGUGCAGACGCUGCGUUUCAAGCUGCUGCCGCACGACACGGGCCAGGAGUGGGCACACAGCUGCCAGCAAGAAAUCGAGCGUCGCUACCAAGUGGUGCCCUCAGUGGUGUGUGCCAUGUGCUGCCUCUUCGGGAUCAUCUACUGCUUCUUCGGCUACCGCUGCUUCAAGGCUGUCAUGUUCCUGACAGGGCUGAUGUUUGGCUCCAUCAUCAUCUUCAUGCUGUGCUACAAGGAGCGGGUGCUGGACACACAGCUGAGCGUUGAGGCCUCGGUGGGCAUCGGGCUGGGCAUUGGGGUCCUGUGCGGGCUGGUCACCAUGCUGGUGCGCAGUGUCGGCCUCUUCAUGGUGGGGCUGCUCCUGGGGCUGUUGCUAGCGGUGGCCACGCUGGUGGUGAUGGAGCAGUUUUAUCACCCACCGACAGUGUGGAUCCCCAUCGCGCUCCUCCUGGGCGUGGGGAUGCUCUUCGCCGUGCUCACCCUGCAGUGGCAGCGGUUCUUCACUACGCUGUCCACCGCCGUCUUCGGCAGCGCCAUCAUGACCGUCACUGUUGAUUACUUCAUCGAGCUCUUCCUGCUGGUGCAGUACAUCUAUGAGCGCAUCAAGGUGGCCCCUGCUCGCCCUGUGUGCUGGUACAGCUGGGUCAUCCUGGGUGUCUGGCCACUGCUCACCACGUUGGGUGUCCUGGUCCAGUGGAAGGUCACAGCUGAGGGCUACUCCCACACUGAAGUGAUCAUCAGCCGGCAGCAGCGCCGCGUGCAGCUGAUGCGCAUCAAGCAGCGGGAGGACCGGAAGGAGAAGAAGAAGAAGCGGAGACCCCACCACCCGCCGCCCCACCAGCACAAGGCCCACCCCCCCGAGCAUCCCGCGCCCAGGAGCUACAUCCAGAGUUUCCGAGAGCGGCAGACGGGGCCAUCCCUCAACAGCCUCAUCGCCAGCUCCCACGCCGUGGUGGACCUGGACUAUGACUGCAGCUCCACCGUGCCCCUCACCACGGGCUCUGGGCCUGCCGUGCGGGUAUAACCCAACCCAGUGACCUCGAGUGACACCAGCACCCCAGCCUGCUCUGACAGACCCCCUAAGACAUGUGGGCCUGUUCCCUCAGCCCCAGAUGACCACAUCUGGCUCAGGGCUGCAGAGGCUGCGGAUGGAGACCCUUCCUGGGGGAGCAUGGGACUCAGCUAGACAAGCCCAGGAUGCCAGUGGGGCCAGAGGUGCUGGGGAAACCCUCCAGCAGGGACUCAGCCCAAGGACUGGGGACACAUGGACUCUGCUGGGGCAGGGGGCUCCCACAGGUGCCCCAGGGCUCCCUGAGCCCCGGCAGCUGCGUGUUUCCCCCUGGUCUGGGCACGCUCAUCCUGCAUCCCAAUACCUCCAUCCCCAUGUUCGAGCCCCCUUUCCCGAGAGCAGCUCCCUACGCCUGCCCCCACCCCACCGCACCCCCACAGCAACUCCCCAAGUGCCUGUACCCCAUGUCUCUUCCUGAAUGAGCAGGUCGCCCUUGGCCCUCCGGUGAUCCCUCCCUGCAUGUGUGUCCCCAUCCCAGCCCUGCCCCCAAGCAGCUCCCAGCUCUUCUCCUAGGCAGCACCCUCCAAUACCUGUCUUCUCUGCCCUACGCACCCUCCCUGCCCCCCAAGCAGCUUGCUUUGUCCCCCACUUUUCCUGGGCUGUGGCAGGGCUGGUCCUGGGGCAGA